UCGAGGGAGAGCGCCGUCACUCACUGCUGUAAAUAGUGCAUAGCUGUAAGAUUUUUCAGACUGAUCGAUUUGCGCGAUUGUUCUGCUUUUGCCAUGACUGAAUGGGGGCACUCAGCCCAUAUUGUAACGCGUAUGUUUAGUUUGCGACCUGGAGUAAGAGUGGUGGGUGACAUAGUUGCGGUGUUUGAUAUAAAGCUAUGUGGCUAGUUAGCGCCUUUAUAAACUACGGUACACAGUAACUGAGUUUGAUAGUUCUGAUAACUUAAAAGGACCCGCGAGAUGGUUUAAUAUGUUAAUAUGUUUGCUGUAGCAAGUUAGCAAGAGGUUAAACGGGUGGAGUAGCCUAUACGUUUCGAAACGCGUUGGAGCAGUCAACAUUCAAAAUGAGGUAGCUAGCCAGGCAAAUGCAUUAGCUACGUAAGGCGUUAACGUCUAACGUUACUUACUAUUUGUUAUGACACGACAGCACUGGAUUACAACUAAUGACACAGUCGUUUAAUUUGUUUCGCCCCAUGUUUAGCUAUUUACUAGCUACGUUGCUUCGUUCUGUCACUGGCUAUACAGUGCCGACAGGUACCAGCACAGUUGCGAAGCCCCAACAAGGGAUGAAUUUCGGAUUUCAGAUGUAUUAGCCGGCAGCUGCGCUAGUAGCCUACAUUCAAAAAGAGCUAGCGUUUUCUCUGUUUUCCACAUGAAAUAUACGGAGUGCAAACUUGAAGUCUGACAAUCGUUUUGAGUUUGGAUUUCCAUGAUCAGUUUUCCAACAGUCAUUCUUUUUGCUGUACUAGCUGUAAUAUGGAAAGAAUGUGCGAGGUAACGAGAGAAAACGAGAUUUUGGACCAUCAGCAGCCUCAGCCGUCCCAUCAACCUCAAAACGGUGUCGACUUGGUUCGCGAUCAGAGUAAGAUUCAGCCCCCAUUUAGCGUAAUCAUAGCCACCGUGUUGUAUUGUGCAGAGUUCAUUAGCGCAGCAGUACUUUGCAGCAAAUACGAUGAGGAUGAAGACUACUUCUGGAUGGGUUUAACCAUUACCUUCAUGCUUGUGCCGGCUGUGCUGACGCAGUUGGCGCUGACUUUCAUCCACCGAGACCUGGGAAGAGACCGGCCACUUGUUCUUUUCUUACAUCUCCUCCUUCUGGGACCGCUCAUCAGGUGUUUUGAGGCCUUGGUGAUCUACUUCCAGGCUGGCAAGAAGGAGGAACCAUAUGUCACCAUCUCCAGGAAGAUCAUGCUGAAGAAAGGCCAGGGCACGCCUAUGGAGUGGGAGAUCGGUCACUCGGAGCGCAAGCUGGCUGCUCACCGCAACGCCUUCAAGCGCACCGCCGUCAUCCAGGCCUUCCUGGGCUCCACACCCCAGCUCACGCUGCAGCUCUACGCCACCAUCCAGGAGAAAGAAUUACCCUGCACCAGAGCUGUUGUGAUCGGCAUCACCCUGGUCUCCAUAACCUACGGCGCCCUGGUGUGCAGCAUCCUCGCUAUCCAGAUCAAGUACGACGACUACAAGGUACGCGUGCGGCCGGUGGCGUACGUCUGCAUGGUGCUGUGGCGGGGGCUGGAGAUCGCCACACGCACCACCGCCCUGGUGCUCUUCAGCACGGCACUCACCUACUGGGUGGUGCCCGUCGCCCUGGGCAACCUGCUCUUCUUCUUCUUCCUGCCCUGGGUGGAGUUCUGGAGGCGGAGGGCCUCGCUGCCUGAGAACGUGGAGAAGAACUUCAGCAAGCUGGGCACCACGGUGGUGCUGUGCCUGGUCACUUUCCUCUACGCCGCCAUCAACAUCUUUUGCUGGUCGGCGGUGCAGCUGGACCUGGCCGACCGCGACCUCAUCGAGAAGCAGAUGAGCUGGGGCCGCCUGGCGCUCUACUACUGCGCGCGCUUCGCCGAGAACGUCUUCCUGGUGGUCAUGUGGUACUUCUUCAGGACGGACUUCUACGAGUACGUGUGCGCCCCGCUGAUGGUCGUGCAGCUGGUCAUCGGCUACAGCCUGGCCGUCCUCUUCAUGAUGCUCUUCUACCAGUACUGCCACCCCUGCCGCCGGCUCUUCCGGCAUAACGUGGCCGACUGCCUGCGGUGUGCCUGCUGCCGGAGGGGCGCCCGCCCCGUCCCCGUCGCGGACCAGACGCUGGUGCUCCCGCCUGACCUCACCAGCCAGCUGGGGGACUGUGAUACGGCGGUUUUUGACGACAUCACUGUCACGGUCAUAGACUGAGCGGGGCCAUGAUAUUGUGACUCUUACUUUGAAUGCUGAGUUCCCAUCUUGGGGUGUGCGGGAGGGGCCUGGACUACUGACAACUGUGCACUUUGAACACUCACAGUCAGUGACAGGGAUGGCGCUCUGCUACCUGGGACUGGGCUUCGUCUGCUGUGUGGCUGAACGGUCAGGAAAACUAUCAGACCUCUCUCAGACAUCCACACCGUGGACAGUUAAUGUUUGGCCUGGUAGAUUGUUUGUUGUUUUAUAUGAGUUUUGUACUGUACCUUGAUUUGCACCAUUUGUUUUUACUUAAGCUACUUGCAACCCAACCUUUAAUCAGGAGCAAGUGUUUACUUUUAAGCAGGGAUGCACCGAACGCAUUUUCAGAAUUUAGCUGAAUUCAGAAUGCAGGCACAUGUUUACAUUCGCUUUGAGUUUAUGGCCCACAGUUUUCCUGGACUUUGCAAUCAUAUCUCAUACGUCAGAGAGUGACAUACAGUUGCACAAUUAGUGCAUGGACAAUGUCCAGUAUCAGACUCGGCUUGUUAGCUGACUUUUCUCGCACAACAGUUUGGCACUUAAAGGAAUUCCCCAAGUUCCUCAUUGUUCUCGGUAAAGAAUCCACAGUGUGCAUUACUGUGCGCUUGAGCUCACAAGGCCUCGUACUGUAGCGCAGCACUUCUGGGAAUGUGGUCAUCGAGCCAGUGUGACUGACGCAUGCUGAUUGCGUAGCACACAUGCAUGUCCAUAUGUCACAAGCUCUAAUGCUGUUGAUUUGCCAACAGAUACUAUGCGCUACAUUGUAACCUUGCACGUAUCAAGUAUGAUUUGAGACAGAAAACAACACGAGGUUGUUGCAGCAGUUGCCUGUAUCUGACGUCCUCCAGAACAGAGCACGGUUGCAUAUCCAUUAUCAUCAUCUACUGAGUGGCUUCCUGAAUCAUUUUAAACUUUUGCAAAACUCAAACCCACAUGGGCUUCAGUUGGCCAACCCAAACCCCAUUCAGAAACUGAGCUGUGUGGUUGAAUCUGAGCACAAACCUGUGAUUUGGUGCAUCCUGAAUUUAUAAAUCUGCUGUAUAGUUGAUAGAAAACAGGAAGGUGCUUCAUUGCGGUGCCUUGAUUAUUGUAAUAAUUUCAGCCUGUGGACUUCAGGAGACUGAAGAAUGCAUUCUACUGUAUUAUACUAGCGUUUAAUAGAGCCCGGGGUUGGUCACAUAUAGGAGAUGUCUCAGGGAUAUAGAGAAGGCAACAGGCAGGACUAAUUUUCCCCACUGAACAAAGAAAAUGGCAAACAAAACAGGGCUCUCAGCAAUACUUCUUUAAUCGAAGUAACACUAACAAGUACAUUUUUCACACAAAAAUUCCAGUGACACGAGUAUUCUUGUGCAGCUAUUUGCAUAGACCGUCCGUGCAGUGCACUUGACAGAAGUCCCUGUUCAUAGCACAGGUGGGAGGGGAAGGGCCAAGAGGAGCUCUUUUCCUGCCUUCUUCAUAGCGUUACGUGACCAGGUAACUUAGGUACGAUAGUUAUUUCCUCACACUGGUCCCAGGAUAGGUAAAGUUAUAGGAAUGGCCAUUUUGUGCCUCUACUUCCUGUGGUGUAAUAUAAACAAAGACAGGCUUUAUCAGUGGGAAUUGCGAAACAGCUAGAUUCCACAAGUCAAGCAAGCCACUCGUUGUCAGAGAACUGAAUCAGAGAGAUCAUUGUUCAAACUGCAGAGCCCCACCCCUCAAAACUGUAGAGACCGAUUGGGUUUCAUGUUUGUGCCUCCAGUCAAUGUGAGCAUUGCAGCCAAAAUCACUCAAGCAUUUCAGAAUGCUGCCUCUUUUAACCCUUAGUUUUUGGAUAAGCCUAGAUCAGUGAAAACAGUGAUAAGUUACAGCUGUGAAACUUGAUUAUACUUAGAUACCAAACAGAUGGAUAGAUAACACACAGAGAAUGGCUUGAGUUACCAAUGCUUCUGACUCAUCUAUUGUUCCUGGCAUUUCCUGGUGUGGUUUCCUUGUUGAUGGAGGUAUUCGAACAGAGUAUUAACAGAGAAUUAAAAUUCAGAAGUGUGUCAGUGGGGAAUGGCCAACCUUUUUCUUUUAAAAUAGGCCACUGGUAAAGGACUAGUAAAAAAUUGCGUCAUGGUCAUCCUUCACUGGUAAAUCUGUUCUUAAAAGUUAAAUAUGUCAGUGCAGUUAAGUAAUUUAAUUCAAAGCGUGAUUAUGUAGGGUAAACAGUAAUUUUUUCACUAGCUCGUAUCUUUAUAAUCAUAUGAAUGUUAUAUGUUGCUGAAAUGCCUGUAUGGAGCCUCUGGAGGUCCUGCUCAAGUUCUCACAGGGCAAAUUGUUUUCAUACUCUGAUCACACUGAAGUGCCUCUGUGCUGCUGUACCUUGACUCUGCACCUGUGCACCUAAAAAAAGAUUAAAUUGUGAACUUCUAAGUGGCUAAUGUGUUUCUUCUUUGAACCAUAUGGUUGUGCUAUUACUUGACCCCAUCUGGUGACUUAAACAUAUU